GAUGUCUCCAAGAGAAGAAAUCAAACAAAUGUGAGAUUCAUGGACUUUGAAUAAUCCGAACUAAGAAUUUGAGACUAUUAGGAGGAGACUACAAACAAUAGUCUUGUUUUCAUCUUCAUUUUUGGCUCCCAAAUUUUCUUUGGACCCAAAUGUGACAGCCAUAAAUAAGUUUCCUGGAACAUGUGUUUGUGGAAGUUUUAGACACGGCAAAGUGUCAACAAUGUCAGCAUGCAUACAAGUUUUUCUUUUUCUUCUAAAUGUCCUAACAAUAUAAAUUACACCGAUAAACCACACUUUUAAGUACACACCCAUAACCACAAAGUAUGGCACUUUUAACGAUCGAGAAGACCUUCCUCCCUUCGGUCAUAUUCUUACUUGUAACAGUUUCCUCCAUACUUUUUUCAGCUUCCGGUUCCUUCGAUGAAGUUGAUGCUCUCAUAAGAUGGAAAGCAACCCUCCAUAGCCAAAACAAUGACGUCCUUUUACCUUCAUGGACAGGUAUUCGUCUUAAUUCUUCUGUUCACAUAAUGGUAUCUCCAUGCAGCUGGUAUGGGGUUUCAUGCAAUGAUGAUGGGAGCAUACAUGGUUUGAACCUUUCGUCUUCUGGUUUAAACGGUACACUUGAUCAUUUCUCAUUCUCAUCGUUUCCCAAUCUCACAUUCUUUGACCUCAGUUUCAACUACUUUUCUGGUAUCAUCCCACCUGAUUUGGGUCGCCUUUCUAACAUUCUCUAUCUUGAUUUCGCUUUCAAUCAAUUCUCUGGAAUAAUCCCACCAGAAAUCGGACAACUGAAUAAUCUUGAAGCCCUUCAUUUUUUCAGUAAUCAGUUGAAUGGUUCGAUUCCAGAAGCCAUAUGCCGAAUGAGGAACCUUUCUCAGCUUGCUUUGAGCUUCAACCAUCUUUAUGGUUUAAUUCCUACGUGUUUGGGUCAGUUAUACAAACUGAGUUAUAUUGGUAUAGAUAACAAUAAUAUUUCGGGUCCCAUUCCUUAUGAACUAGGAAAUCUUUCUUAUCUUAGGGGGCUUUUUAUGUACAACAACUAUCUGACUGGGUCUAUACCCACGACUUUUGUCAAUCUGAAAAACCUAACCAUCUUAAGUCUAUUUAAUAAUCAGCUGAAUGGAACAAUCCCUAUUGAAAUAGGUAACUGGGCUUUACUUGAAAACCUGGAGCUACAAGAUAACCAGCUCAGUGGUCCAAUUCCUCACUCAUUAACUAAACUAAAAUCCCUUAAUCUUCUUCGCCUCUUCAGAAACCAACUUUCUGGUCCCCUUCCGCAAGAGUUAGGAAAUUUGAUAUCUCUUUCUGUUCUGGAAUUAGGAGAAAAUAAACUCAACGGGUCAAUUCCAAAUUCAAUUUCUAACCUACAAAAUUUACAGAAUCUAAAUAUCAAGAACAAUCAUUUCUCUGGUCCUAUUCCACUAGAGUUAGGGAAACUACAGUUGGUUCUGAUAGAUCUCAGCGACAACGGCUUUUCUGGUGAUUUUCCAGAUGAAAUUUGUACCGGAGGGAAACUUGAGAUGCUCCUUGUUCGUUAUAAUAAUCUCACAGGUCCAAUUCCAAAGAGCUUGUACAAUUGCUCAAGCUUGAUCCGGUUACGUUUGGAUGGUAAUCAGCUAACUGGAAAUAUCUCCGAGAGCUUCGGUAUCUAUCCAAACCUCGAUUACAUCAACCUCAACAACAACAAGCUUUAUGGGGAACUCUCUAACAACUGGAGUAAGUGUAAAAACUUAACCAACAUCGCGAUGGGAGGGAAUCGAAUCACUGGUAACAUACCUCCUUCUCUUGGAAACACCCCUCGAUUAAAAUCACUUAACUUUUCUUCCAAUGAUUUGGUUGGAGAGAUACCACGGGAAUUUGGUAGACUGAAUGGCCUUGUGAACCUUGUUUUAAGCAAUAACCAACUUUCUGGUGCGAUACCUCUAGAACUGGGAUCAUUAGCUGAACUUUCAUACCUUGAUCUUUCCACCAAUAAGUUGAAUGGGCCCAUUCCCUUUUCCCUCGGAGAUUGCACAAAACUCUUUCACUUAAACUUGAGUAACAACAAAUUUACUCACGAGAUCCCAACACAAAUAGGUAGAUUGAUUCAGCUGUCAGAACUAGAUCUGAGUCACAAUUCACUCACCGCAGAGAUACCUUCAGCACUUUCAAGUCUGAGUAGUUUAGAGAAGCUCAAUCUUUCGCACAAUAAACUCUCUGGUUAUAUUCCAAAAAGUUUUGAACAAAUGAACGCAUUCUUGGACAUUGAUCUUUCGUACAAUGAAUUGCAAGGUCCCAUUCCCGAAAGCAUAGGCUUUAGGAAUAUACCGAUAGAAGCAUUACAAGGGAACAAAGGGUUGUGUGGUAAUGUUAGUGGCCUAGAACAAUGUGCAUCAUCAAGUCGUGGGACCCCAAUCCAGAGCCACAAACUUGCACUGCUGAUUUCACUUCCUCUUCUUGGAGGACUUUUACUUGGUGGUCUCUUGGGAAUGUUGGUGUUCUAUAGUCAAAGAAAGAGGAAUUUAUCAGCGAAAGUAAUAGAGGAAGAGAAACAUUGUGAAGAUUUCUUUUCAAUAUCUGCAGAUUUUGAUGGAAGGGAGACUUACCACGAAAUCCUGAAGGCAACUGAGGAGUUCAAUGGAGCAUAUUGCAUCGGGAAAGGUGGAUGCGGAAGUGUGUAUAGAGCACAGUUGGCAUCAGGUGAUAUAGUUGCUGUUAAAAGACUCCACUCAUCUUCGGCCAUUGUCAACCAUGUUGAUUUUGUAAAUGAGAUAAAAGCGUUGACAGGGAUAAGACACCGCAACAUUGUGAAACUGCAUGGCUACUGUGCACACACUCAAAACUCGUUUUUGGUUUACGAGUAUCUGCAAGGGGGUAGUCUAGCUGAUAUCUUGAGGAGUGAUGCUGCUCGAACGUUGGAUUGGAUGCAGAGGAUGAACAUUAUCAAAGGUGUUGCUCAUGCUUUGUCGUAUAUGCAUCAUGAUUGUUCACCCCCAAUCGUUCACCGAGACAUAUCAAGCAAAAAUAUUUUGCUUGAUUCCGAGUACAAAGCUUGUGUUUCGGAUUUUGGUACGUCCAAGAUUUUGAAUCAAAACUCAUCUAAUCGGAGUAACCUCGCAGGAACAUUUGGAUACAUUGCACCAGAACUCGCUUAUACGAUGAAGGUUACAGAAAAAUGUGAUGUAUAUAGCUUUGGAGUUCUGACAUUGGAAAUCAUCAAAGGGGAGCAUCCAGGUGAUCUUGUUACUACAUUAACAUCUCUAUCGGACCAAAGGAUUGACCUUAAAGAUUUGAUGGAUCAUCGUCUUCCAAUUCCCCUCCCAGAAAUAAAAAGGAUUCUAACAUCCAUCAUGAUCCUCGCAAUAAGAUGUGUGAAAUCAAACCCCGAAAUGAGGCCGACAAUGUAUGAUGUUUCUCAACAAAUUGAAAUAGUUCAUUUGUAACAUCUCUAAGAGUGACGACAUUUAGCAUCGUUUUUCAUAUUUGGUUUCAGUUUAUGGUAUUGUGAUACUACAUUUUAGUUCCUCGAAUUCAGUUACAACGGUUAAUGGUAGUUCGCAAUUUUCAGUUAUAGAAAAAGUAAUUAAAAUAUAGUUGUGACUACUUGAAAUAUUUAUGCG